AAAAUAGACUCUCGGAGCCGCAAAUGGGAAGACGGAUUCACAGACAAGGCUUGCGAAUGCCCCGCAGCCAUCAUUUAACUGCAGCCGCAGAGCAGUUACGGUUUGUCACCCGACCCUCCCGGAUCGCCUCGUUUGUCCCUAGUGAGACCCCGAGGCUCUGCCCGCGCCGGGGUUGCCGGUAGCUGGAUGCCUGUCGUGCUCUGGGCAGCCCGGGCGCAGGGCACGCGUUCGCGCACACCCGCGCACACACGAAAACGCGCAAGAGCUGAACCGAACCCGGUUUCCAUUUCAAAAAAGGAGACAGCCUCUACUGCGAUUGUAGAAGAGACCGCGGUGUGAAUUAGGGAAGAGAGGCUUCGAGCGGUGGAACGGUCCAUCUCCGAGACUAAUUUUCUGGAGUUUCUGCCCCUGCUCUGCGUCAGCCCUCACGUCACUUCGCCAGCAGUAGCAGAGGCGGCGGCGGCGGCGGCGGCGGCGGCGGCUCCCGGAAUUGGGUUGGAGCAGGAGCCUCGUUCGCUCCUUCGCUCGCGCUCUCCGCGCUCAGUGCCCGGCGGCAGGAGGAGCCUGCACCCAGGCGCCGCCGGCGGGCGGUAGGCGCCGGAGCCCGGCCCCGAGGUGCGUCCCGGAUCCCAGUGCGCGUCUAGCAAGAAGCCUGCGUCCCGGGGAGUGCCGGCAGCGCCGCCGGCCGGUGCUCGGCGCGCCAGGCCAUGCAGCGGCGGCCGCGGCGGAGCUCCGAGCGGCGGUAGCGCCCCCUGUGAGGCGUCCGGAGAUGCCCCGGCCACUGUGAACUGUGCCGCCCGCCAGGACACGCUCAGCCCCGGACACUGUCGGUUCUGCGCGCCUGCUACAAGCACCGGGGCCAGGGAGCGGUGAGCGCGGCGUAGGCAGUGGAGCAGGGGCAGGGGAAGCCGGCCAGUGCAGCUCGGGGACACGUACUCAGUCUGACUCGGGCUGGCACUGGCGGCUAGGGAUGUCGUCCUGGACGAGGUGGCAUGGACCCGCCAUGGCGCGGCUCUGGGGCUUCUGCUGGCUGGUCGUGGGCUUCUGGAGGGCCGCUCUCGCCUGUCCCACGUCCUGCAAGUGCACCGCCUCUCGGAUCUGGUGCAGCGACCCUUCUCCGGGCAUCGUGGCGUUUCCGAGAUUGGAUCCUAAUAGCGCGGACCCUGAGAACAUCACUGAAAUUUACAUUGCCAAUCAAAAAAGGUUGGAAAUCAUCAACGAAGAUGAUGUUGAAGCUUACGCAGGACUGAAGAACCUGACCAUUGUGGAUUCUGGAUUAAAAUUUGUGGCUCAUAAAGCAUUUCUGAAAAACAGCAACCUACAGCACAUCAAUUUUACCCGAAAUAAACUGACAAGCUUGUCUAGGAAACAUUUUCGUCACCUUGAUUUGUCUGAACUGAUCCUGGUGGGCAAUCCAUUUACAUGCUCCUGUGACAUUAUGUGGAUCAAGACUCUUCAGGAGACUAAAUCCAGCCCAGAAACUCAGGAUUUGUAUUGCCUAAAUGAAAGCAGCAAGAAUAUUCCCCUGGCAAACCUGCAGAUACCCAAUUGUGGUUUGCCAUCAGCAAAUCUGGCCGCACCGAACCUCACGGUGGAGGAGGGGAGGUCUAUCACGUUAUCUUGCAGUGUUGCCGGCGAUCCAGUUCCGAAUUUGUACUGGGAUGUCGGUAAUCUGAUUUCCAAGCAUAUGAAUGAAACGAGCCACACACAGGGCUCCUUAAGGAUAACUAAUAUUUCAGCUGAUGACAGUGGAAAGCAGAUCUCCUGUGUGGCAGAAAAUCUUGUAGGAGAAGACCAAGAUUCUGUCAACCUCACUGUACAUUUUGCUCCAACUAUCACAUUUCUCGAAUCUCCAACCUCAGACCACCACUGGUGCAUUCCAUUCACUGUGAAAGGCAACCCCAAACCAGCGCUUCAGUGGUUCUAUAACGGGGCAAUACUGAAUGAGUCCAAGUACAUCUGUACUAAAAUCCAUGUUACCAAUCACACGGAGUACCAUGGCUGUCUCCAGCUGGAUAAUCCCACUCACAUGAACAAUGGGGACUACAAGUUAGUAGCCAAGAAUGAGUAUGGGAAGGAUGAGAAACAGAUUUCUGCUCACUUCAUGGGCUGGCCUGGAAUCGAUGAUGGUGCCAACCCAAAUUAUCCUGAUGUAAUUUAUGAAGAUUAUGGGACUGCAGCAAAUGACAUUGGGGACACCACAAACAGAAGUAACGAAAUCCCUUCCACAGACGUUGCGGACAAAAGUGGUCGGGAACAUCUUUCGGUCUAUGCUGUGGUGGUAAUUGCCUCUGUGGUGGGAUUUUGUCUGCUGGUGAUGCUGUUUCUGCUGAAGCUGGCAAGACACUCCAAGUUUGGCAUGAAAGGUUUUGUUUUGUUUCAUAAGAUCCCACUGGAUGGGUAGCUGAAAUAAAGGAAAAGACAGAGAAGGGGGCGGUUGGUGCUUGGUGGUGGCUGCCUUGUAAGCUGGACUCUUGGGACGGGCACUGGCUUCUCCCGGGAGACGCCGCGUAGCGGGGGGUGUCUGGUAGAGGAGACGGUGUUUCAGGAGGUGCCACACGAGACCUGCAGCUGUCGCGAGCGGUGUUUGGGGAGCGCCACGGCAGAGGCAGCUCACAGGCAGCUAAGCAGACACUCAAGAAAACAUCUUAAAUUAAUGCUUCUCUUUUGUUUUUACAAUUGUUCAAAUACAAAACUGAAAUGGAAUUCCGUUGGAUCAUGCUUGUCUUCUGAAAGGCGUGCUGGUUUGACCAUACUGGAAAUGUAUUGAUUUCUAUUGUUUCUGUUGAUUAAAGGUGAACUGCAAAGGUUAAAAAAAAAAAAUCGAAAUUUAGGGACAGGUAUAAGAACACACUAACAGCCUAAUCUCCACUUAACACGUAGUUUAGCAUCGUUUUCCGUUGACGUUUAAUGAGAACUGAAUUCAGAAAGUUUCACUUUUCUGUCUACAGCGCAGAGACUAAAAGAGUUAAGGGCAUCGCUGUGGGGACCUGGUGAUCCCACUGAGAGGUUCUUCCCUUCACUGGCAAUAAAAGUCCAGAGUCAUGCAAUCAAUGCUAAUGAUUUUUCUAAAGUUUAUUAGCAGGCUGGGGGAGAAAGCAGCUCUGCGGUUGGGGGCUAUAGAUUUAAGUUAGGCAUAGUCAGUUUCAGGAUAACUGAAAGAGUGAAAUAGACACAUAUGGUGUGUAUGUCCUUUUAUUCGCCCCCUGCGAUCCACCUGCUUUUUAGAAGUUUCCUAGUGAGAAGGCCGCAGUAUCUCAUGCUGUUCCCAUGACAGAACUACAGCUUUUCUACUCUGAAAAGGUCUGCGGGCAGAAUGGCUGGCCUGCUGGGAGCAGGAGACCAUAUUCUAAGAAGGAGAGUCCCCUACUACAUCCUACACUACUGCUGGUUUCCACGGGCAGGAAGGCUCUUCCUGACCUCAGCAGCACAGAGGUAACGAGUAUGUAUGUGCUUUCUCGUGUCCAGCCUCAUUGCUGAGAGAGAAGCCUUGGAGCUACAGAAUCCUGCACCCCAGCCUCAGUCCUGGCAUGGACACCUAUGUCACUCACCUGGCCAUUGCAGUGACCUUUGCUUUGUAUCUGCCAGGUCGGAUCGUGUCCUGCAGCCAGCUUCAGCUGCCCUUGACCGGUCUCACCUCACACUUUUCUUGUUUAGGGGGACUUAGGAGCCAGGCCUGGAGCAUUUUGCUUAACAACAGGAUCAGCUCUGACUGCUAGGGCAUGUUCAUGGACGCCAUGGCUGGAUUAGAAACUUACUGACGUCUUGAAAAAAAAAUUUUUUUUUUUUUUGGAAAUAGCUACUCAAGUUUUGCAGUUCAGCUUUAAGGAUUUAUAGAUUUUUAACUAGUUCAACAUGUUUGGAAACACUGUUUUGCAUCCUGUAUAACCAAAGCACUAAUCUUAAUAAACCAGGAUCCUUUUAGGCGCUGACUGAUAUAAAACGAUGAUCCAUGAUGAAUAUUUUAUACUGUUAUCUUUUACAUUAGCCACUAAAUAUGUUACUGCUUGAUACAGACACUUCACAGAGUCCUACGGAUUACAGCAUUUAACCUGGCUACCCCAUACCCGUGCCUGAAAGAGGGGCAGCUUCUCCGAAGCAGACACAGGCUGCUUGUUCUCAAACGUUUUCUUUCCAAAGACACAUUUGAGUCGGAGAGCAGCUGGCCCUUGGUGGGGGCAGGGGAGCCUGAAGCAUCUCUAAAUUCCCAUUUUCUUGCUCACUGCUAAAUGACAGUUCCCAUCACUACUUAGAUUUUGAUCUUUCCCAAAGCUGUUGAUUUACAGAGGCCAGCUAAUGGCAGAAAUCAUGAACCCAGAAAAAAAAAGGAAAUUCACACUGGGAGCCCAGCACUAACACCAAGCAUUCUUAAAUACCGGCCAUUCGGUACAAGUUUUAUUUAUUUAUUUAUUUUUCAAAAACUCUUUUAUAUUUUAUUCCAUGGAACCAGAAAAGGCAAUGAAUUGUUUAAGAACUAUUUUGUCACAUUGCCCAGAUUGCAAAGGAAAAAAAAAAAAGAAUAUUUGUACUCAAAAGCUAGAUUUCCAAGGUAGAUUUUUGUUUUAAAAUGGAGAGAAGUGGACAGAUAAGGCAAUUUAAUAUAUCAAAGAGCAGUUGACAUCUCCUAGGGAACCAUGAAAACAGCAGGCUAUUAGAAAAUUGUUUCAUAUGGUUCUUGUGUUCCUUGCUUUUCAUUUUUCUUUAAUCCCUGAAGACCACAGUCACUGACAUAUCUUCUCAUUUCUAUACUCUGGACCACCCUCUUUCAUCCUUUGCUUUUUUAUGUUUCCUACAAGAAAUCUUUGUACAGCUUCCUAACAACACCUACCAUGUAGUUUUUCAGCAUUAGAAAAGGACAUGAGGCAUCUUUGUUGAAAUCAAGUCUGUUGCCUCCAGCCCCCGCGAGGGCCUAGCGCUUCAGUGCCGGGCAGGUGCCCUUUGUAAAGGACAUGCGCUGGGCGAGCAAACACCACCCCUGCAGAGAGGCAGGGUCACCCAGCCUCAGCCAACUCCUGCUGCCCGGGGAACGGGGGCCCAGUCUCCCAAAUCUUCUGAGUUUUUAAGAGAAACUUGAAAUCUGUAUCUUUUUUUUAAUGUGAAAUGUCCCUAUUUUUAAAAAGUUGGCUCAGUUAUUUUUAAAACAUUAUGUAGGCCAACAAAACAACUGUGGGCUGCCAGUUUGUAACUUUUGUCUUAAAGCAACAUCAUUGUUCUCUCACUGUUUCCUACUACCUUUCCUUUGCAAACGCAUUUCCCAGCAUGGCCGUGGAGAGCUUUCUCACCAUGGAGGCUAGCGCCCUGCUGAUCUACGUGUCACUUACCUGUGGGGCUCUCCUGUGACUUCUGCUAGCGGGAGGCUUGGCUCUGUCAGGGCUGCCUGGGACUUUCUUGUGGCACUUUUCCCUCCGGCCCGAUUGGCCCCACCUCUGCUUGGCCAGAGACAACCUAGCAAGCGCUUCCUCCUGUUUUAUCUGACAUCACCUUCCUGUCACCAGUGUCUGUGUCACCCGACCCACUUGGGGGUAACUGGGUUCAGAUGGGAAAAUACAUAGUCCUGUUCAUGGGUCCUUAAUGUACCUGUGUGGUCAUUGGCAAACAGAAAACAGGUGUGCCACCUCAUGAGGUGUGGCUCAGGUCCUGUACCUUGAAUGAGGUCCCCCUGAGAAGCCUAUAAGGCAGUGGGGACAAACUCAGAAAUGACACUGGCAUUCCUGGUGAUACCGGUUUGAGGCCAAAGAAAGUGCAUUUCCCAACAGAAAAAAGGAAUCCCCACCUAUUUCAGAGACCAUCGAUUCCGGGGUUUUCACUCCUGGUCUUCCAGCCCAGACCCAUAUCGGUUUCUACCCACUGAGUGUCUUUACAAAAGGAGAAGGAAAUAGACCCAGCACCACCCCACAGCAUGGAGUGGAGAGGGGCUUGGCCUGAAGCUCACGCAGAGAGGUUAGGGCUCAAGGCUCUGCCUCCCACAGAGCAGAGGUCCAAGGCCAACAGGCAGAAAGUCAACUCUAGGCCGAGUGCCAGGGCGAGCAUGAUGAAGGUGCUUCUGCUUGUCUCUCCUUUUCUUGUGUUGUGAUCUGCUUCACAUCCCUGACUUUUCUGCUUCUCUCUCUAGCAGUCCAAAUGGACUCCAUGACAAAUGGAAGGUUUGCUUUUCUUUGCUUUCUUGGUUGCUUUGCACCCACUUUUUAUGUUCAUUGCAAAAUGGGACCAAGCACGAAUGGGGCCUGAAGUUACUUGUCUCGUGCCACCAAGUGGCGGGAUGGGGCAUUCUUGCACUGUUCUCGUGCUUCUGUCUAGAGCUUCUCCCUGGUUUUCACCCAGUCCCCUCACACAGCAGUACCCGCUCAUUUCACUCAGUUCGCCUUGCGUUGUCCAGACCAGAUGUAGAAGGAGAGCCACCGGAGAGAUGGGACUCUGUAUCAUGCAGGGCCUUGGCCGGGUGGCUGCGGCCAGCCACGUAGGCCAUUCCCUUCCUGUCAUGCCAAGGUCAGUAGGGCCCCCUGGGCUCCCGCAGACUGGACUCUGAGGAAACCGGAAUGGAGGUCGCCGUUUCAUUAAGUGUGUUCCGCUGUGCUCUCAUACCUACAGGGCCCAUGAGCCAUGUCAGGUCUGCUCAAGGGCACCUGGGAGGGCUAAGGACUCUCCUGGACAGGGCAAGAAUAUAAUUUUCUGUGGGGUGCUGCCAGAUGGAAUUAAGUGAACAGAACUCCCACCCCAGAGAGUGACAUGAAAACAGUUGUCACAGAAGGCGGCUUUCCACUCCGGCUGGCCCAUUUCCUCAUCUCGGUCGUCAGGGACAAGGAGCCCUCCCGGCCAUCUGAUUCUGACAGUGAGAUCACUCUGGGUUUAAUUCGGCUGCAGUGGGGCCUUGGGAUGGUCAUUAGCGAACAUCCAAGAUGGGUUGCUGUUGGCUGUGUCCGAAGCCUUAGUUUUCACGGGAAAAAAACAUAUGUGAGAAGCAAAGAAAAGAACAGAGAUUUUCACCCCCUAUAUUUUGAGACAGUUUAUUUACAAAUGGAGCAUAAUCAAAUAUAGAAGAACAAGAGACUCUGUUCACAAUGUAUAGGUAUAUCAAAUUGUCACGUUGUGUCUUUUAAAUACCUUACAAUUUUGCGUGUUAAUUUUACCUCAAUACAAUUAAAAAGAAAAAAAAAACAGAAAAAGUAAUAAAACAUUCUGGAGAAAGAAAAAUCCUCGAUUCACUUCCUGUUCAAAUCCACUUGCUGUAAUCCAUAGGCAGUCUGUGAAUCAUAAGCAUGUCCCGUUUUCCCCCAUAAUGUUCCAGGUUUUAAAGUCAUUUUUUUCACGUUUCCUGUAAAUAAUGGAUACUCAUUUUUAUUUUAUUUUUAAGUGCUGUUUUAACAAUGUGGAUAGACCAUAAAUGUACUUGCUGAAUUCAUUCAUUUUUUUUAACAAGCCAAUAAAGUUUUAUAAUUCA